AUGUCCGACCGCUCCUACCGACAUCGACCAGCCGGCUCCUCACGCGGCCCAAGAAGUGUGAUUGGAGGUGGAUAUGCAGUGGACCAGGCCUAUCUGCUCCCCAACUACCACUUCUCGGCCUUGAAAAGCGAAGGAGUCAAGUUGAACAUGCCAGAUGACUGGGGAGAGAACACGACCAUCAUCACAAGUGAACAGAGCUUCGGAGGAGGACCACCUGAGAGGGUACCAGUACCAUACGAGCCCCUAAAAGAACCGGAACGUGGAUGUUUCGGCUUCAUCAGCUCUUGUUUGAUGUUCUUCUUCACUGUUUGGAUGGUGUGUUCGGCAAUUGCGAUGGUUGUGAUACCUUUUCUACUAAUACAGGCAGACUUUUAUGAAACCAAGGAGCUUCAGUGCGAGCUUGAUUGUACUGUAAGUUAAUAAUCUGAUAAUAAUUUGGAAAUCUUUAUACUUAUCAUGCCAUAUUCAUUUUAACUUAAUACUUUUCAGACAAACAUUUUCGUGAUAUUAAUCUUUACUUUGAUCCUCACCUACGCAGUUUAUGCUACCAUGAAGCCAACAAACGCUGUUCUACCUCGAGUCAGAUUCCGUCGUGUAGCGUUCAUCUUCUUCCUAGUCUUCAUUUUGUCAUCGUUCUGGUUAUUUUACAUUGUUCAAGCAUUACUGCGCUCAACCAUCGACUACCUUAUCAUCCAAAAACUAGCUAUCACAUUGUUGUUCGUCCUCAUCAUUCUUCAAAUUCUGUGGAUCACUCACGAUCGCCUUCGUAGGUCAACCAUGUUCCGAGUCACAAUCACCCGAGAUCCUGAUGGAGAAGUUCAUGUCCUUCAACUUGGCCAAACCUCUAUUCAAGAGAUCUCAGUUGAGAUUUUAAGAUUCUACGAGACCACCUUCUCCAACUUCAACCUCCAAACCUACAGAGCUCGCGCUGGUGCUAGCCAGAAGAACAUCACCAUGCCAACAGCCGGCUUCAAAUUGUACGAUAUCGACGGAAAUGCUUCACAAUGUGUUGAUGAAGGAGCUAUGAAGAAGAUGGUUGAAGUGGCAGCUAAACAAAGUGCUGCAUUGUCCAGUGAUUACUGUAUGGAAGAGGGAGACAAGGAAAGAAAGUUGAGAAGGAAGAAGUAUCGACUGCUGUUAUCGACCGAAGAAGCGUUCGCUCAGAUCGGUUCGAUGAAUCUGAAGUUUGCCAACGAUAACGUAAGUGAAACUUGUUAUAAGCAAAUUAAAAAUUAUUUUGUAUUGACAAAAUUAAAGUAUUCUGGUAUAAUGUUUUCCUCAAAUGACUGCGUAAACGAAAAUUACGUUAAAAAAUAUUUUACCUUUCAAAAUUGACAACUUCCACUUACAGAUGGCCAGACUUGACCCCGUGAAAUCAGCCAAAAUUGUAAGCGGUGCCAUUGGAAAACAUCUAAACCGAUACCUCAAACAUACUCACCAACAAUCUGACUUCCCACCCUCCGGCGUCCAACGGAAUCUCGAAAACUGCUUCAGACACCAAUUCUCGGCCAGAACCUUCUUGAGCCGGUUCUUUGGGACACAACGCUUCUUUCCUGUAAGUUUUCAUUGUUGGUUUUAUGAUUUGGCAAAAAUUUUUCAUUAUAUAAUCGGUUUUAGAACGAAAUGUCAAUAACAACCGUACGAAAGUCAAUAAAUUCAAAAUUGACACUUCGUUAUAGAAUUAUCGAAAUAAUUUUUGAGAAAAAUUUAAUCGGGCUAUUUUCAGUCUUUGCCUGAAUCUCGUUGGACUAUUUCGUCAGACAAGAUCGUCACACAACAGAUCCAAGACGGUACGGAGUUCGUGUUACGAUGUCAAGAUGACAGUGAUGGUAAUAUCCAGUUGUACUGUGUGGUUAACAAGUUUUCUUUCUAUAACUUUACAGAGUCGAAGUGUGUAUAA